AUGUUAAUGUUUGGUUUGAGAUCGCUAUCCGACUUUUGUAACCCCACCUCAAAAACGUACAAAGAAAAUGCAUUUGACGCGUUGGAUAGAGGUGCCGUGGAGUCUAUAAAGAACGCAGUAAUUAAUUACAAGGACGAUGAUGAUAUUCUGUUUUGCUCAAGUAGAGUACUCUUUGCUAUGUCGGAUUAUUGUUGCUCAGAGAAAGACACAGACGCAUUACAAAAGUUAAUUACAGAUGGUGGUGUGAACGCCGUAGUAGAAAUUAUCAAAACGGUACCCUCAGAUCAGGAUACAUUAAAAAAUUGUAUGCUCUUUAUUCAGAACAUGAAUGAUUCAAAUGUUCAAAUAGAGGGGGGAGAUCUGGGUGUUGCUUUACUAAAUGUAUUUACGUCCAACUCAUAUAAUGUGAAAUUGGGGAAUGCAAUCGUGUCAGCAUUGUCUGUUGCGGCUAAGUCAGCCUCGGGUGCAAAGAUCUUAAAUGCAGAGGGAGCACACCAUAAAUUAAUAGACCACUGUCUAUCAUUGCAAGCGGUAAAUGAUGAUACGGCUGAAAUUGUGGAGGGCGCAUUUGACGCUAUUAAAAAUUUGUCCUCAAACGGUUAUGUAGUUCCUACUAUAAUUGAAAAAUCCGUUGUCAUUUUGGACAAAUUUAAGUCGUACCCAAGAAUUGUUUCCAAAGGAAGUGAUGCUAUGAAAUGUGCUGUCGGUCCAGAACAACUAACCAACUGUUUGAACAUUUUAAAAACAUCAGCGCAGGGAUCAAAGGAGCAGGACUCAGCAUUGGAGUUACUGAGUUCUCUUUCGUAUAUCUCUUCCAUAACAGAUAAGGUAGUAGAAUCUGGAGGAAUUCCAGUACUUGUAGAAUUAAUCAAUAGUGGAUUACAACAGUAUGAAAGUAAUCCUGAGAAAAUAUCUAGAUUAGUAGCUGGGGCGUCUAGAAUGUUGGGAAGGAUUUCAAAUAAUCCCCCUCAUGCUGUUAUAGUGUAUGAGUAUGGAGGCAUUGCAACGCUUUGCACCGCGUUGUCCUACUUUCCCAAUGACGCCGAUUGCGCAAGUGCCGUGUGUAAUGCGCUAAUUCCAUUCGUGUCUCGAUCUAACUAUGUGAGUGAAAUAAAUAACUACUCAUUGUUCGCGUCUUUGUUUCCAAUAUUGUACGCGUCUUUGGAGUCCAUUGAGUUGGCCAAAGCGAGUAUGUCGUGCAUAGCCUCCGCUUCGAUGAUUAACGAGUUUCACGAACAAAUGGUAAACAAUCAGGCAAUUGAAAUUUUGUCCACUUGUAUCCAGUACCAUUUGAACGAGACGAAGUACCUCUUAAAUUGUUUUACGGCGUAUUUUAGAUUAUCUGAAUAUAUAACUACAGUGGAACCUAUUCAUCAGUACGGAGGGGUGACAGGAAUUGCCAAUGCGUUAUCCGCUGUGAGUAAUGAUAGUACCAUAUCGGAAAUUGGUCUAAAAUUGAUAAACAAAAUGCUGACCGCUUCGGACGCCUUGAACUAUUUGAGUAAUCAGCAGGUAGUAGAUGCGGUGUUGACGGUUAUGCUGGAAAAUGAAACGAAAGAAGUGAUCAUUCAGGAGGGAACCAAAAUUAUGGAGAAGUUAGCCACUGAAAGCGACUGUCAAAGGCAUAUAUCCAAUUUGGAGUCGAUAAUAAAUUUGGCUCAAUCUAACCCGGAAGCUGCGUAUAAAACGUUGGCCGCAAUUUCGGGAUUGUCUCGAAUUCAGUCGUUGAAAAGUAUACUAGAAUCCAAGGGAGCUGACAGUUCUAUAUAUAACGGCAUGAAGGUAUGGAUUGAAUCCCCCCGGUUUAAUGAACAACCCAAGUUAAUCAAAGCAGCGUUGAAGACGAUCAAGAUAUUGAGGCUGAAUGCGGCAAAUACAAUUCACGAGGUGAUCGCGUCUAUUGUUGAUGUGAUGUGUAUUUCUCAAGUGAAGAGACUUGCGGAGAUUGAAGAACCAGACGACAACAUUUUGAUUACGGCCUCGGAGUGUAUAAACUAUUUAACCGAAAUUAAUAAGAUAAAUAGUAAAGAAAUUGUGGAGGCCAGUUUAGAUAGUAUAUUCAAAUUGAUGAAGAAGUAUUCAGAGUCUCGUUUAACUCAGACAAAUCUACUUGGAGCGAUAAAUAACAUACUCCUCAGUAGCAAUGUAAUUGGGGCGGAUGUGUUGGUUAACAAGGGUUAUGUGAAGCAGAUUGUUAACUAUAUCCAUAAGGUGCCCAUGUACGUGGAUGUACAGAUAAUUGGAUUUAGCGUGUUGGGAAAUAUAUUAAAAAUUAGCCCUGAAUCGAUCGACGCGAUAAAGAAGGCCAACACGUUGGUUCCACUUCAGAAUUCUCUGCGGACUCAUGCGAAGAAUACUAAGCUGAAGACGACGUGUGCCCCUUUGCUGGCCAUGUUAAUGCCGUUAGACUCGCUGACGAAGGAAAUUGAGGAUCUUCUAAAACUGUGCAAUGAGGCCAUGAGCGAAAAUGACCUCAUCAAAUUGCACGAGUAUUUGAUUUCCCUGAACGAGUUACUACUAACCGCGGAAGCGAGUAAGAUAUCUUCUCGUUGUAAUGUCGGGGAGCACCUUAACAAUAUGGUUCAGUGGUUGAAGAAAAAUCCGACUAUUCAUAAAUCGACGGUAAAUAAGGACUACAGUAUUGUAGGACAAAGUUUGUAUGACGCAACGAUAUCGGAAAUUGCACAUGCCUGCACUAAUAUUUCGCAGACAAGAAUUGGAUUAGUGCAUCUGACGAAGAACGAUAUGACUUCCGCGCUGAUAGAAGCGUACAACCUUUUGCAGUUACCAGGAAAUGAUUACACGGAGGAGGCCGUUUCGAAUAUAUUAGAGUCUCUGAGUUUACUGCUCAAGCAUGAUAUUACCAAUGCAGAUAUAGGAUUUAACAAAGGCUUGGUUAAGAAGUUGUGUGCGGGCAUUAACUAUUUCUCCGAAUCGGACACCGUGAUUAAGAGCACGUUUGGAUGUUUGGCUUGCAUGUGCACGAGUGAAAAGCGCGUCAGCCAGUUGAUUAAGCACCCGGAAUAUGACAAGCUCAUAGCGCUGAUCGUAGACCUGAUAGGCAACUCGGAGAAAUUGAAGAACUCGAGGGGAAAUGCUAUAAAGGCCUUGUACGAGCUGCUGAAAACGGAGGAUGAACAGAUAAUAACAAAUAUAGCUAGCAUGACCCCAAUUGUGGACAACCUGUUUAAGAUCAUGGGAGAGUACCAAGCAGAUUUGCCCAUCGUUCAGGACAGCGCGAAAUGUCUAGCCAUCAUAGCAGAUCAUAUAAAUAUUCAAGAGAAGAUGAAGAUAGAUCAAUAUACAGCGAUAAAGAUUUUGCUAGAAACUUUGGGCAAAAAUAAGAAUGACGAAUUAACGGCUGAGGGUAUACUCACGGUUCUGAUCAAGCUAUGCGAUAGUAAUGACAAGAUGAAGCUGAGAGAAUUGGGUGCAGUGGAUGUCAUUUCGGACGUUACGAUGAUACACAGUGAGAAUGAGAAUAUCUCCAGGUUGGGAGGAGUUUUAUUUUCCUACAUGGGAGCAGAUGAACAGGUAAAGAAAUUGAUGAAAAUGAUCUUGAAUGUUAAAUCUAGUGACAACGAUUCAGUGCAGAAGAUAGACAACCUGAGUAGCAAGUUGGAGAUGUUUUUGAGGGCCCCUCUGGAGAACCCCUUAGAAGCGUUAGAAUAUACGGAGGCAACACUGCAGCAGCUGAAUGGAUAUUUGACUUCCCAGUUGGACAAUGCGUCUCUGCAGGCGAAUAUCGCAUUGGUGACAAAAAGGUUAGUAGAUCGUGUGAAGUAUGAUCAUGAGGAUCAGCUGGGCGCUUGGGCGGUUGCCUCAUCGGGGGUGUUAAAUCAGUACACGGACAUGAUUGCGAACAAGGUUGGAUUGGCUAAUAGUAAAUUUGUGUCUCCUGUGUAUAGUGUAUUGGCAGGAUGUGUAUUAAAUCCGUACACGAAGCAGCUGGUGUUGGAUAAGUUGGCCCCCAUACUGGACAACACGUAUGAAAUUUUGGAGGAGUAUAAGAACAAACCGUAUGCCGUGCAGGGCAUAUUUGAACUGCUCGAACAGGUGGCGAAGGAUGAAGAGGGUGCGAAACUGUUGUACAUGAAAUGGAAUGGUUCCAUGGGAAACUUAGUAGAUCAGACGCUGGCCAUCAUGAAUUUAAACAGAGCGAACGAUUGUGUAUUCAUACCGGGUAUCAAAUUAUUGGGUGCUAUCGCCGAAACGUCUAGCGCUUCUGGGUAUGUAAACGACAUGGACAAUGCGCGUAUUAUAGAGUCUUGUGGGAUGUUGCUAAACUUGGGUUCUAGCAAAGACAGGACAGUGGAAUUUAUCAAUUUUGUAGACACCAUGGUUGCGGCGAGUUUGUUAGACGAGAAGGCAGCCUCGGAAACGUUUAAGAAAAUUAGUUCUCUACUAUCGGAGGAGAAUCUGUCCAAUUAUACGGAUCAAGAUCGCGUAGAAAUUAUCAAGGCGUAUGCAAACUUGUUGAGGGACUCUGCAUCUACUGGGUUAUUUACGCAUAUUAGGCAGACGGACAAGACGGACGCCUUGAAUAACUUGGCUAGGCUGAUGGAGUAUGAGUCAUCUGAAGAAGUGAACGUAGCCAUUUUGGAAGCACUGAGUGAGAUAGCCACGUGUGACUCGUCCACCUCGCUGAAGAUAGUAACCUCUGCUUUACCAUCCAUUGUCCAGAGCAAUCAUGAGAAUUUAAUAAAUGACAACGCGACGGCGGAGAGCUUUAUCCAAACGUUGGAAAAAUUGGUCGUGAAGGAAGGUAUAGGGCGACAAAUCGCGAACAAUGAUGAAAUGUACAAACUGUUGGAGGAAUUGGAGGUGAGUCUAGAUGGGAAGAAGAAGGAAUUGGGAGAAGAAUACGUGGAUAACGUAAAAAUGAGAAUAUCGAACGUACGUACUGCUAUAAAUGAUGAUAUGCCGAAGGAAAAAACGUGCAAAGAUAUAUACGACAUGUUGACGGAGUUGAAGCUGAAGUCGAUGGAUAUUAACGUUCUGCAUGAGGCGUCGUUGGAGGAUGAUAUGAAUUAUGUCCUGGAGAGAUUGAAGGUGUACAAUAAGGACAACCUUUUACCGACAACCGAAGCUGGAACGGACAACUCGUACGGCUACAUGGCAAUAGAAAUAUUCUGUGAGAAUAGCGAUAAUGUGAAAGAGCUGGUGAAGAAAGGCUUCCAUACGAGUGCCUUCCAUUCGUUGAUCAAGCAGGCAAAUGAGAACGUAAAGCAUUAUUCGUGUCGUGCUUUAUGCGCUCUUACAAAGAAUCCAAUAGGCUUGGAGCAUGUAAUUAAGGAGAUAAAGGAUUAUCCAAAUCUGAUUAGCAAAUCGGUUGGCGAUCUUUGUAUGGAGAAAACCCUCGACAAGGAGGAUAAGGAAGACUUCCUCAUCAAUCGUGUUUUGCUAAUAGAUAGGACAGCGCAUAACAGAAAUGUGUACGAUCGAACGAAUGCGGUUAACCAUUUGAUAGAAAUAUGGAACCAGUACGAUCAUGGGGAUUACUCCGUUUCGUUGCUUCGCCAUGUAUUCCGAGCUAUGAGGAAAAUCGUGUCCGAUGCACAUGUGGAAAUGUUACUAAAAGCAGAUGUGUUGGUACGGCUGACGGGCAUUAUUGACAAUCCCGAAACGGACAAGAUUAUAUACCCAGAUGUGCUCUUCCUGAUAGGAAGUUUAUCCGUGGUGAAGGAGAUAAAAACGCAGAUCGGAGAAAUCAAGGGAAUAGAGGCUUGUGUGAAUUUGUUGCUGAGAUCGUUGAAUGUGGAGAAAAUGGAGCCGACCAUUACCAACUGCUGUUUGGCACUGGCGAAUAUGUGCAUAGACCAUAAAGCGAAUUCGAAAAUAUUUUGUGCACUGAAGGGUCCAGAGUUGAAUGUAAGAAUAUUGAGAGAGUAUCGCUCCAAUUUUGACGUAACGAAUGGUGCCUCCGUUUUGCUGUGCAAUAUUUUGUUCCGAAAUGAGGAUAUGAAGAGGACGUACGGGACGAAUGGCGCUCCGGCUGAGUUGGUUCAAUGUUUAAGAAGCUAUGAUGGAAGUGACAACAAGAACGCAGUGAGGUGUAUCGAAAGUUUAUUCAAGGCUAUAUCUAACUUAUCCCUAUAUACGGCGAAUGUGAGAUAUUUCCUGGACGCACAGAUUGAGAUAUCGUACCAAUCCUGGUUGAACAAGCUGAAUGAGUCUUUCCCAGAUGCUGAGUUGGAAACGGGUUUGCGUACCUUAUCCAAUUUGGUUAUGGAAAAUGAAGAGAGGAACAUGAAGAAUUUUGGCGUCACAUUAAUUCCCGUGUUAAAUGUUUUGAAGCAGAAUAGGGAAAACACCAAGGUCAUAUUUUUUCUAUUAGACAUUUUGUGCUCCCUCUGUAGGCACCCUGAGAAUGCCAAAAUGUUUUCCGAAAAUGACGGUAUUGCCACUACCAUAAAUGUAAUCCAACUGUACGAUUAUGAUAUUAGUCUGUUAACCUUGGCCAUUCACCUGUUGAGCAAUCAGUGCAAGAUUGAGUCUAGUUUACCCCUGUUGGUGAAGUCUGACACGUUUGGUAUUUUAAUUAGUUGUAUUGAAGCCGAGACUGAAGAAUUUGAGAUAACCGAAUUGGUGGUAUCCUCGCUGAGGUGUAUAAGACGUUUAAUCCAGUCGGAGGAAUUGGCCUACGAAUUUUGCAACUGUGGUGGUGUGCCUUCCAUAGCGAAUUUGAUAUGCAAUUCCGUGAAGAAGUCUAUCGUUAUGCUGGAAGCGUUACGUGUGUUGCUUUGCAUUCUUUACUACACGCAAAAUGUGGAAGGUGUUACGAAUGAAUACCCAGAGGAGGAAGAAGAAUUGUAUAACGCUAAGUUGGGUGGUUGGUAUAACAUUAGUAUGGAUAAAGAAAUGAUCGAUACGAUUAUCCAAUCUGUGUUAACCUGUGCAAAUGACAACAAUCAUCAGAAGCAGCUCCGCUUGCAGAAGGUUUCCCUAGGACUGUUGGCCUACUUUGCAUACCAUAGGUUGGGAAUAAUAUCCAUGACUGCAUCAGGAUUUGAUAAUUUAACGAGGGAAAAUUUAAAUAACUUUGGUGGGGACGCUGUAAUCAUGCAGUUGUUAUCCAUAUGUAUUGACAACAUUGCGAUGUAUUCAGCUGAGGUGUAUGACAUGACUGUGUCUAGGGAUAUUAUAAAAGCGUUCAAGGCGUCCGUCGGGAAGAUGAGUAACAAGAAGGAAGACAAGGCAAUCGUGCAGAAGGUUGAACUGACCUUAGAAGCGAUGAACUCUGCGGAGGAUCCUCUCGAUGCAUUUAAGGAUACGUUAUUAAUAUUCGAUUUUAGUUUAUCCGAAUUUGAUAAAGAUCCAUACGUCAACGGGGUUCAUGAUCUCUCGGCAAACAUAAAGGACUCAUUACGUAAAGGAGGGGUGAACAAAAUAUAUCACAACAGCGAUAUUAGGAAGCCAUUUAAGUGGAAGGCCAGUCAGGAUCUCGCUACCUUAGAAUGGACCGUUGGGGAAGACACGGAACACAUAUUUAAAAUUUCUGUGGUGCGUAUUAAGAACAUAUCUAAGGGGUUAACGCACCCGUUGCUGAAGGGGGCUAACAAGAGGGAGCCCCGAAAAGUCAAUGCGAAGGUAACGUUAUGCAUUUAUGGUCCCCCCACGGAGGACUUCCCCGAGGGGUUGGAGUUGCCCAUUAAGACCAAGACGCAGAAGGAGCGGGACGCCUUCGUGGACCUCCUCGUCCUGUGGCGUGACGCAGCCAGCUACAACUAUUAA